AUGGCGACACCGUACAGCAUCCAGACCGGGGAGGCCAAGACUCUCGGUGUGUCGGACUUCCUCGUGUGUGGAGCCUCCCUCGCCUUCACCCUGGGUAUAGGGCUGGCAUUUGCCAUAAAGAGCAGGAAAAGCCAGGACCCGUCAGAAUUCCUCGUGGCCGGAAGGAGUAUGGGCGUACUUCCGGUAACCUUGUCCUUGGUUGUCACGUUCAUUUCAGCGUUGACCUUAUUAGGAUUACCCACUGAGACGUACAUCCACAGCACCAUGUUCUGGUGGUUGGCCCUGGCUAUGCUGGUCGCAGUGGCAGGUUCAGCUCACAUCUUCAACCCGGUCCUGCAUAAUCUCGGCAUAACAAGCGCUUACGAGAUGUUCUAUUUAGGCAGUGUGCUGUACGCCCCAUCGCUUGCAUUGAAAACAUUUUCUGGUCUGGACAUGUGGGUGUCUAUACUGUCGGUGGGCUGCCUGGUCACUCUCUACACGUCAGUGGGAGGAAUGAAGGCUGUUCUGUGGACCGACAGUUUCCAGGCUGUCAUCAUAUUGGUUGGCCUCCUGUCUGUGGUGAUCCAAGGAUCAAUCGUGGUGGGAGGGUUCGGAAGGGCGUGGGAGGUUGCCAGCCAACACUCCAGGAUAAACUUCCAAGAAUUCAGCGUUGACCCCCGCACCCGCCUCUCCUUCUGGUCAGUGGUGGUGGGUGGCGGCACCACGUGGAUGGCCUACUACUCCGUCAACCAAUGCCAGAUACAGCGGGUGUUCGCCUGCCCAUCACUGAAGGAAGCACAAAUGGCAAUGUGGCUGAACGGCCUGGGCCUUGCGGUUGUAGUGAGUCUGUGUUGUAUGAUCGGCGUGCUGCUGUUCGCCUUCUACGAGGAAUGUGAUCCACUACAGUUUAACCUGGUCGGAAGAACAGACGAGUUGGUUCCUCUGUUUGUGAUGGACAUCUUGGGACAUCUGCCAGGUCUACCUGGAAUCUUCCUAUCCUGCGUCUUCAGUGGCUGCCUCAGCACCCUGUCCUCCGGCAUCAACGCCCUGUCCGGGGUCCUCCUCCAGGACUUCAUCAGACCUCACUGCGCCCGUAACAUCAGCAGCAUCACAGCGACCGUCAUCACCAAGCUGUCAGCUGCAGUGUGUGGGUUUGCGUGCAUCGGACUUGCCUUUCUCGCCGGUAACUUUGGCAACAUGUUACAGCUUUCCUACAUAAUCAUGAGUGUAUUCGACGGACCUGUGUUUGGAGUCUUCAUCCUGGGAAUGUUCUUCCCGAGAGCCAAUAAAUGGGGGGCUAUCUGUGGCUAUAUGGCCAGCCUUGCCUUCACGACGUGGAUCUCUGUCGGAGCAUAUGUCAAUGGCGUCACAGGCCCAAGAUUACCCUUGUCUGUUCAUGGCUGCAACUGGAACGUUACCAACACCACGAUGCCAACUACCACCUUGCCCCACACAGCGUCUCCUGAAGAGGACAAUUACCUCAGCAUCUACCGAUUGUCAUUUUUGUACUACACGGCGUCUGGGGCCAUUGUCAACGUUACCGUAGGCGUGGUCGUGAGUCUAAUCACAGGAUAUUGGCACCCAGUUUCCACAGACCCUGAACUAAUCACCCCGAUCGUCAACUACCUGUACAAGUGUCGGCAGAAGAAACCUGACAAUACAGCUGCCGUGAGAGAGAUCCACGGAACAAGCACGGAACUGGUUUAGUCCAAGACAAAUUGUGGAACCAGCGUUGGACUGAAGUAAAGGCGUCAAGAAAAUAUGAAAAAGCCCCAAACACACUUUUGUCAUUUUUAAAGGCAGUUAGAGUCUGGACCACAUAUUUCUAAUGACUGUAAUUGAUGACAUAGAUGAAAUACAAUGAUUGUUGUAUCACAUUCUCUUCACUGGUUUAAAAAGGAAUCGGCCAUCGCCUCCACCUCCCGAAUAUUCAAUGUCAGUGUAUUCCUGCUCAUAACACCUGAAACCUGUCCCCGUUACUCUGAUCAAUAUCCAAUCAAUGACUAAUCAAUAACUAAUCAAUGACAAUAUGUGUGUACAUAUCAAGGAGAAGCAACAAGCACGUGUUAUUGUAAAUCAACUUUA